GCAAAUAUGCGUACCUUAUGACCUUAUGUGAUGAUGCGCGCGCGGGGGUAUCUUCGCGUUAUAGCUUGAUGAUGCACGGCGCUCCUCGCCAACCCGCGGAUGAGGCGAAAAACCGAGCCUUCUCGGACCCGUCCGCGUUUUUCAGGUGAAAAAAUUUCUCUUCGGCGGGGAAAUAUAAAUGCCAGGCGUCAGGGUCCGCGUGUUCGUGCGGCCAUGACGACGUCGAAAGGUCAUGAAUGACUUUGUCACAGGGAGAAGAAGUGAUGUUUGUGAUAUAUAUCGUCGAUAUAUCUAAGAAUAUGACGUCGCUUAUGGUUAGAACACGAUGUAAUCGGCGCUUGAAAAGGCCAGUGGUCACUUUUUGCCAAAAACGUGCUGUCGUGUUUCCGUUCGAAAAACGCGAAGAUGUCUCCAUCGGAGCCGCGCGCGCCAGAGGCGGAAGGCAAUAUAUGAACACGCUCGGUACCCCCGCAAUCGCGGCGCAGCAUCACCCCGAGGGUGUGCGGCACCCGUCGUGGCCCUCGCGCGCCUCCGGGAGUGCGCGGGCACGCGCGACGCGCGGGGCGGCGAUGUCGAACUGCGGUUUGCAGGUUUGCAGGUUUGCAGGUUUGCAGGUUGACGAUGUCCACUUUUUGGGCCUCAUAUCGUACAGUUAUCGUACCAUAUGGAAGUACGAAUACUUUCGAAGGUACACGUACAGUACACGUACACGUAUUAAGUACGAAAGUACUUUCGUAUUAACGUAGCGAAUAUCGCGAGAGGCACCUAGCUAGAUCUGUUCAAUAUCAUACCUUCGUAGUAUUGUACGUG